CAACAACUUUUAUCACCCAAACCCUUUAAACAUUGCCAAUAUUUUUCACUCUCUCUCUCUCUCUCUUCACUCUCACACUAACAUUCUGUCAAUCAUCAUGGUAAUGUUAACGUUAAGACUGAUAACAGUAAAAAGAAGUACCGACGAUGACCAGCUACCACCGCUGGUAGUGGUGGAACCACCACCAGUUUCCAUGUCACAGAGCCACUCAACUCACCGGUCAAUCGAGACGCUGGUGGUGGUACUGGCGGUGAUAACCAUUGUUGUGGUGAUAGCAGGGUUCAUUGCACGGUUAUGUGGAGGAAGACAUUCUGGAGGUGAUGGUGAAGUUGAAGGCUGUAUAGAAAGUAGCUGCAGAAGUUGCAUUGAUGCAGGUGUUUCUUCUGCACCACAACCGCCGCCGCCGGUGGUGGUGGCAGAAGCUGCUCCGCCGCCGAAAGAAGAAGCAAAAGAAGAAGUCAAGAAAUGAAGGAGAAGGGGUAAGAUUAGAGUAAUAGUGAAAUGUUAAUGUCGUUCACCUUUUUUAAAGGAAUUAAAAUUUUUAUACUGUUUAUUAAAUAUUGUACAUACAA